AUGGAGCAGUUCCCCGACGGGGCGCACGUGCGGCUGCGGAGCCGCGUGCACGGAGGGUACCUCCACGCCGACGAGGACGGGAUGGGGGUGUCCCUGCGCCGCUGGCGCCGCAGGACGAUGAACGCGGCGUGGAAGGUGCACCGCAUCAUGCAGGACGGCUCCACCAGCGUGCUCCUCCACAGCGCCGCCUACGGCCGGUACCUCGCGGCCUCGAACGACGCGGCGCCGCCGGGCCACAUCGGCCUCCGCGUCGACCUGGGCGACUACGAACAGGACGUGGACCCCAUCCUGUGGAAGGUCGUCGGCGCCGGGGACGCCGGCUACGUCCUGCUGCGCCACGUCUCCAACCGCCUCCUCCGCGCCAACGGCAGGUACCGCCUCUGGCUCAGCGGCGUCUCCGUCGACGACGUCGACAACCAGAGCACGAUGAUGCAUUGGAAGGUCGAGACCAUCCCCACGAGCCCCAAUCCGCCAGCACUUGCGCGGACUCCGAACAACCGACGCAGCUUCCGCGGCCUGUUCCUCCUGCACGAGGAGCCCGUGCAGCUGCAGCGGACGAUACGGUUCGUGCGGGCGGACAACUACGGGAACUUCCCGGACAACUGGGGCACGUUCCAGUUCAUAGGCCGGUCCGUGUUCGAGCUGAGAGGGGAGGUGGCGCGCCGCGUAGGCAAUGCGCUCUUCUUCUUCCGCGUCCUGAUGUGCGUCCAGGGCGGCCGCUAUGGGCGGCUGACCCCGCUGCUCAUCGACCUUCCUCGCAACGAGGAGACCAUGGACAUCAUCGUCCUCAUCAUCGGGACACAGGACCAUAAGAGUACUGAAAAUGAACUGCUGCAAAAGUUGAUUACUCAUGCUAUGCUGUGUGUAACUGCCUUAUUUUCUUACUAG